AUGAGUUCUAAAGGAAAAGGAAAGACCAAGAAUGGUAGAGGUGAUACCCAUUCCAAGAAUGAAAGAAUUGCUAUUGUUUCUGUCGAUAGAUGUAAACCAAAGAAAUGUAAGCAAGAAUGUAGAAAGAGUUGUCCUGUUGUGAAAACUGGUAAAUUGUGUAUUGAAGUUACUCCAGCUUCAAAGAUUGCUUUUAUUUCAGAAACUUUAUGUAUUGGUUGUGGUAUCUGUGUCAAGAAAUGUCCUUUCGAUGCUAUUACUAUUAUCAACUUGCCAACUAACUUGGAAGGUGAAACCACCCAUAGAUAUUCUGCCAACUCCUUCAAAUUGCAUAGAUUGCCUACUCCAAGACCAGGUCAAGUUUUAGGUUUGGUUGGUACCAAUGGUAUUGGUAAAUCCACUGCCUUGAAGAUUUUAGCUGGUAAACAAAAACCAAACUUGGGAAGAUAUGAUGAUCCACCAGAUUGGGAAGAAAUCUUGAAACAUUUCAGAGGUUCUGAAUUGCAAAACUAUUUUACUAAAGUUUUAGAAGAUGAUAUCAAAGCUAUUAUCAAACCACAAUAUGUUGAUAACAUUCCUCGUGCAUUGGCCAAAUCCAAGAUUAAACAAGUUGGUGCCAUUUUGGAAUCCAAGAAUGAAAGACCAGAUAACUUUGAUUACAUUUUGAAUGUUUUAGAAUUGAAAAAUGUUUUGAAACGUGAGGUUGAAAACUUGUCUGGUGGUGAAUUGCAAAGAUUUGCUUUGGGUAUGACUUGUGUUCAAGAUGCCAAUGUUUAUAUGUUUGAUGAACCAUCUUCCUAUUUGGAUGUUAAACAAAGAUUGAGAGCUGCCGAAAUCAUUAGAUCCUUAUUGACUGCUACCACUUAUAUUAUCUGUGUCGAGCACGAUUUAUCUGUUUUGGAUUAUUUGUCUGAUUUUGUAUGUAUUCUUUAUGGUGCUCCUUCUGUUUAUGGUGUGGUUACUUUGCCAGCUUCUGUUAGGGAAGGUAUCAACAUCUUCUUGGAUGGUCACAUUCCAACUGAAAACAUGAGAUUCAGAACUGAAUCAUUGCAAUUUAGAUUAGCUGAUGCUGCUGAUGAAAUGAUUUUGGACAGAACUAAUGCUUUGUCUUACCCAAGUAUGAAGAAGACCCAAGGUGAUUUCAAAUUGACUGUUGAAGCUGGUGAUUUCACUGAUUCUGAAAUUUUGGUUAUGAUGGGUGAAAAUGGUACUGGUAAAACCACCUUCUGUAAACUUUUGGCAGGUGCCAUUCCUCCAGAUAAUGGUCAAGAAAUUCCAAAAUUAAACGUUUCUAUGAAACCUCAAAAGAUUGCUCCAAAAUUCACAGGUACUGUUAGACAAUUGUUCUUUAAGAAAAUCAGAGCUGCUUUCUUACAUCCACAAUUCCAAACCGAUGUUGUUAAACCAUUGAAGAUUGAUGACAUUGUUGAUCAAGAAGUUCAAACUUUAUCUGGUGGUGAAUUGCAAAGAGUUGCUAUUGUCUUGUCUUUGGGUAUCCCUGCUGAUAUUUACUUGAUUGAUGAACCAUCUGCUUACUUAGAUUCUGAACAACGUAUUAUCUGUUCCAAGGUCAUUAGAAGAUUUAUUUUGCACGCCAAGAAGACUGCCUUUAUCGUCGAGCACGAUUUCAUUAUGGCUACUUAUUUGGCUGAUAGAGUUAUUGUUUUUGAAGGUCAACCAUCUAAAGAUGCUAUUGCCAGAACUCCAGAAUCAUUAUUGACUGGUUGUAACCGUUUCUUGAAGAACUUGAAUGUUACCUUUAGAAGAGAUCCAAACUCCUACAGACCAAGAAUUAACAAGUUGGAUUCUCAAAUGGAUAAAGAACAAAAACUUUCCGGUAACUACUUCUUCUUGGAAAACUCUGAAUUAUAA